AUGGUUUCAUUAAGAUGCUUCACACAGGCAGUUUUGGCAUUUACAGUGGUCGAGGGAAUUUCUUUAGUACCCCUUUUGAAUCCCUAUGCAGAUAGUAUCAGGUCACUUUGGAAAGGCGUGGACUCGUCGAGUCAUCAAGCACAAGGUUUGCUGCCUCUUGUGGUCCCUGGCGACAAGCCUGUGCCUGGGAACUCGCCAAUUGUUCAAUGUGAAUCGGAUAUAGCGCAACUUUUGGAUUUGCAAAGCGUUGUUAUACUGCCAAAUCCACCUGUCAGGGGUGAAAAUUUAACUUUUAUUGCUGAAGGUUAUGUUAGUAAAGAUAUCGAGGAUGGCGCUUAUGUUGAGGUUGAUGUGAGAUACGGAUAUAUCAAGCUUAUCCAUCAAACUUUCGACUUGUGUGAAGAGAUCACAAAGGUUGAUUUAUCUUGUCCAAUUAAUAAGGGAAACCAAAUUAUUAAAAAGGAAGUCGAAAUUCCGAAGGAGGUUCCUUCUGGAAAAUACAUUGUAAAUGCAAGGGCUUACACUAAGGACGACGAAUUCAUAACUUGCUUGAGCGCAACUGUUGAAUUCCCUACAAGUUAG